AUGUCACUCCGCAUACCCCGCAGUGACAAUGACAGCGACAGCAAUAUCUUCGGCAACCACACUACUUACAAUGACAACCACACCGACAGCGACAGUGACGAUGUUGGCAGCGAUGUCAACCUGCUGGAUCAUGACAUCGACAUCCUACCGGAAGAGCUCGAUGAACAGAUUCGUUUCGAGCGCGAUCAAAGAGACAACCUGGCUGAGCAGGCUGUCAUACCAGAGCGUGAAGAACAUGGACUGGGUGAUAAUGGACUGGGCUUGACAGAAAGAGACAGGGAGACAUGCUACGCUGGUUGUCGUUUGUUGCCACCAAAAAAAAAAUGA